GCAGUCUAUAUUGCCCCCUUAAAAGCACUUGUCCGGGAGAGAAUCGAGGACUGGAAAGUUAGGAUUGAAGAAAAACUUGGUAAAAAGGUUGUGGAACUGACAGGAGAUGUGACUCCUGAUAUGAGAGCUAUUGCCCAAGCUGACCUGAUUGUUACUACCCCAGAGAAGUGGGAUGGUGUCAGCAGAAGCUGGCAGAACAGAAGCUACGUUCAGAAAGUUGCCAUUCUUAUCAUAGAUGAGAUCCAUCUUCUAGGGGAUGAGAGAGGCCCAGUGUUGGAAGUCAUUGUGUCCCGGACAAACUUCAUCUCAUCUCACACAGAGAAGCCUGUAAGAGUGGUUGGUUUAUCCACUGCUUUGGCCAAUGCCAGAGACCUUGCUGACUGGCUAAACAUUAAUCAGAUGGGUCUGUUCAACUUUCGCCCCUCGGUUCGGCCUGUCCCCCUGGAGGUGCACAUUCAGGGCUUCCCUGGCCAGCACUACUGUCCUCGCAUGGCCAGCAUGAACAAACCUACAUUUCAGGCAAUUCGAAGUCAUUCUCCAGCCAAGCCUGUUCUUAUUUUUGUGUCAUCCAGACGUCAGACAAGGCUUACUGCCUUAGAUCUGAUAGCUUUCCUAGCCACUGAGGAUGAUCCCAAACAAUGGCUGAAGAUGGAUGAAAGAGAGAUGAAUGACAUUAUAGCAACAGUUAGAGAUUCAAACCUGAAGCUGACACUUGCUUUUGGAAUAGGCAUGCACCACGCAGGGCUGCACGAAAGGGACAGGAAAACCGUGGAAGAAUUGUUUGUGAACUGCAAGAUCCAGGUUCUUAUUGCCACCAGCACAUUAGCUUGGGGUGUAAAUUUUCCAGCUCAUUUAGUAAUUGUUAAAGGAACAGAAUACUAUGAUGGAAAAACAAGGCGUUACGUGGAUUAUCCCAUUACAGAUGUACUUCAGAUGAUGGGACGUGCUGGCAGACCACAGUUUGACGACCAAGGGAAAGCUGUCAUUCUCGUUCAUGAUAUUAAAAAAGACUUCUACAAAAAAUUCCUGUAUGAACCUUUUCCAGUGGAAUCAAGCUUGUUAGAAGUGCUGGCUGACCACUUGAAUGCUGAAAUUGCUGCUGGAACUAUUACAUCUAAGCAGGAUGCAAUGGAUUAUAUCACCUGGACUUACUUCUUCCGUCGGCUUAUAAUGAACCCAACUUACUAUAACUUGGAUGAUGUGAGCCAUGACACUAUGAAUAAGUACCUCUCAAGCCUUGUUGAGAAAUCCCUGUUUGAUUUGGAAGGCUCCUACUGUAUUGAGAUUGGGGAGGAUAAUCGCAGCAUCGAGCCGCUGACGUACGGCCGCAUUGCGUCCUAUUACUAUUUGAAGCAUCCAACUAUUGGAAUGUUCAAAGACCAGUUGAAACCCGAAAGCAACAUUGAAGAAUUGCUCUUAAUUCUGACAAAUGCUGAUGAGUACACAGAUCUGCCUGUGAGACACAAUGAAGAUCAGAUGAACAGUGAACUGGCCAAACACCUUCCCAUUGAAGUCAAUCCCCAUUCCUUCGACAGCUCACACACAAAAACUCACCUCCUGCUGCAAGCUCACUUCAGUCACGCCAUGCUGCCUUGUCCAGAUUAUGCAACUGACACAAAGACAGUGCUGGACCAAGCAAUUAGAAUAUGCCAGGCAAUGCUGGAUGUUGCAGCACAUCAUGGCUGGCUGGUGACUGCUCUGAAUAUAACCAACCUGGUGCAGAUGGUAGUUCAGGGGAGAUGGUUACAUGACUCUUCCCUGCUUACUUUGCCCAAUAUAGAGCUACACCACCUUUACCUUUUUCGGAAGUGGAGCCCAGGCCAAAGGAAGAGUGUGCAUGGAGGUUACCAAGGACCUAUCGAGUGUCUUCCCGAACUAAUGGCUGCCUGUGAAGGAAGAGAGAAUGUUUUUGCUUCCAUUGUGGACAGUGAGUUGCAAACAGCACACAUUUCACAGGCUUGGAAUUUCUUGUGCCGUUUGCCAAUUCUACACGUCAGUCUGAGCAUUAAGGGCAGUUGGGAUGACAUGGAUCAGCCACAGAACGAAGUACCAGUUCCUUCUUUGACAGCAGACACACGAGAUGACAAAAGAUGGAUCAAAUUGCAUGCUGAUCAGGAGUAUGUGCUCCAAAUCCAUCUGCAGAGAACCCAGAUGGGGUAUCAGGGAAAGCAGGACAGUAAAGCAAUGGCUCCUCGAUUCCCCAAAGCUAAGGAUGAAGGAUGGUUUUUGAUACUGGGAGAGGUUGAUAAAAAAGAACUCAUCGCCCUGAAAAGAACUGGAUACGUCAGGAAUCGAAAUACUGUUUCUGUUGCUUUUUAUACUCCAGAAACACCUGGAAAGUGUAUCUACACACUCUAUGUCAUGAGCGACAGUUACCUCGGCAUGGACCAACAGUAUGACAUUUACCUGAACAUUGUUCCAGCAAAUGCUGCAGCACAAGUCACUACAGACGUGUCUGAUGCCAUGAGCCACCUGGCUCUGAAGUAAGGACAUCUGAAAAAUGCAGUCAGUCAAAAGAAUUGGUCUUGCAGCUAAGACAUUUGGUCAUUCUGGACAUCCAAAAAUG